AUGGUGGAAAAGUGGCUAUCACAUGCAUUAAGCGACGGCAACCGCCAAAGACGCCUGGACAUCUGCACUCAGCUGCUCUCCAGAAGCCGCGGAUUAGACUGGCUGGACACCAUUGUCACUGGAGAUGAAAAGUGGGUCUUCUACGUCAACCACACCCACAAUCGUGCGUGGUGCGCUGGCGAUGAAGUGCCGGAUCCUUUCAUGGAAGGUGAAAUCCAUGAGAGGAAGGUCUUGCUGAGCGACUGGUGGGGAGUUCAUGGAAUCUACCGUUUUGAACUGCUGCCGGACAACACCACAGUUAUUGCCGAGGUCUACUGCGCUCGACUGCAAAGACUGGCCGACAAGAUCAGCAAGGAGCACCCGAAGCUCGACAACGUUCGCCUGCUGCACGAUGACGCGCGCCCUCACAUCGCGAAGAAGUUUUCCCAGAAAAUUCUGGAGCUCGGAUGGGAAGUUCUGCACCCACCGCAUAGACCAGACCAGGCCCCGAGCGACUACCACCUCUUCCGAUCGCUUCAGCAUCACCUGGAAGAGAAGCGCUACGAUGAUCGUGACCACCUCGAAAAUGACCUUCGGGCUUUCUUCGCCUCAAAGUCGCCGGAGUUCUACGCCAAAGGAAUCCGUGAUUUUGUGAGACGUUGA